AUGGGUUGGGAGCCCGUCCGGCGAGGAGUGUCUGGUAUCGGCAAACAGUCCCGAGGCCGUGCGUACGUGGUCUUCAUGGUGUGGACUCCUGUGGUGCUCUAUCUCAGCUGGGUCAGCUACACGUCCCUCGCUCAGGGCAACACCAGGCUCUUCUCCUCCUUCACGACAGAGUACUCCAUCCCCGUGCACAAAUACUACUUCCCCUUCAUCUUCCUCCUGGGGAUGUUCCUGUGGUCCCUGCUAGAGUACCUCAUCCAUCGCUUUGUCUUCCACAUGAAGCCACCUGCUAGUAACUACUAUCUCAUCACCCUGCAUUUCUUGUUGCAUGGCCAGCAUCACAAGUCUCCCUUUGACAGCUCCCGCCUGGUCUUUCCUCCCGUGCCGGCGUCGCUGGUGAUCGGCUUCUUCUACGGGGUCCUCCGCCUCCUGCUGCCCGAGGUGCUGGGGCUCUCCGUGUUUGUCGGGGGGCUCUGCGGCUACGUGGUCUACGACAUGAUGCAUUAUUACCUGCACUAUGGCUCGCCAAAGAAAGGCACUUACCUGUAUGGGCUGAAGGCUUAUCACGUGAAGCACCACUUUGAACACCAAAAAUCAGGUAAUGGCGUGUUUCCAACACGCGCUGGUGUGGCAGCCCCAUCGCGGGGGGAGCUCAGAGGCGUUGGAAACCACGCUUGCCUUCGGUCCUGCGGAUUUAGCUGACACACUGAGAUGUUUGAAGCUUAGCACCCGGUUGGGUCUCUGGGCUGGGAAACGCUGCACAGAGAUGCCUGGCUGAGCUGGGGAAUGGCGUGGGCUUGCAAGGGGAGGUGUGGCGUACCUGUGCUUCAAAUUUUCCAUCCGGCGUCCCUCAUAGAGGCUUGUACUUGGGUUUAUCAUGCUGCUCUUCCAGUUUCUGCUGCAAGGCUGAGGUUAAGGUGUGGGUUCCCCUUUCUCCUCCCUGCCUGCAGUUACCCGAAGGGAUGGCAGGCAGUCUGCAUGGCUUGGGGCACCCCGGCAUGGGCACCCCAUGGUCGAGCCUUUGCUGGCCAGUGCAAGUGGGCACCUCAGCACUCGCAGUGCAACGCUAAAGUUAAAUUUAGGAGCUGGUGAGCGUGCAUCUGAUUAGCAUGUCAGUGAUGCUCUCGGGGGGUCACGUUUGUUGGGACGGGGGGGGACGAUGUGCUCCUUAGUCUUCCCCAAGAAUCAUGCAUCAAAGGCUUGAAACCAAGCUUGGUUUUGGAGUCCUGGGUGUGCAGGUGGGGUAUCCGGACCCAAGCGCUGCACCGCUUGGUCAGCAGCGUAUGGGAUGACAUAGCUGCAUGAGCCCGUUUAUCGGCCCAGGAGCUGUGGGAGGGGGAACCGCAGCAAAGAGGCUUCUGGGCAGAAGUUUCCCUGGCGUUUCUGAACGUGUCAGCUCG